AUGUCGCUGGUGCUCCCCGUAGCAGGCUUYAUCAAAGCGUGUUGUGUGUCUACCAGCUUYCUUGACUCUCCAAGAGCAAAGUCAUUGGAUGUUCCCAAUUUAGAGACAACAUUGACAARCUCCUGUACAGAUGAACCAUUAGCCAAGCUUAGUUGGUUUGUUGGUUCUGGAUCAGUAACCCUUGGCGCGAUCACAGGUUCAACAGGAGGUGCAGUUGACUCCUUGGCUUCUUCAGCCCUGGAAACUUUGUUGGUUGGUUCUGGAUCAGCAACCGUAGUCACGAUCACAGGAGCAACAAUAGGGGCAGCGAUAGGAGCAAGUUCGAUCCCAGUAAGGUUGGGAGAAAUUGCAACAGGGGAAGCAUCGACACCAGUAACCUCAGGCACUGGCACGACGCCUAGAGUACAUGGAGAAGAUGACGUCGCCGGGGACGCAGCCACCGGAGACUGA